GCUGUAUAUGUGUCUGCACUGGUAUUGCACCAGUAGCCCCCACUGAUUCCCAGUCUCACACCAGUUUGUUUCCUCUCUUGCAGGACAGAGUCGGUGGCCGAGAAGAUGCUGACAAACUGGUUCACUUUCCUGCUGCACAGAUUCCUCAAGGAGUGUGCCGGGGAGCCUCUGUUUAUGCUGUACUGUGCGAUCAAACAGCAGAUGGAGAAGGGACCCAUUGACACGAUCACUGGAGAAGCACGAUACUCAUUGAGCGAGGACAAACUGAUCCGACAGCAGAUAGACUACAAGCAACUGACUCUGAACUGCGUGCCUCCUGGGGGGGGAGCCAGGCUCUGAGGUCCCGGUCAAGGUGCUGAACUGCGACACCGUGACCCAGGUGAAGAACAAGCUGCUGGACGCUGUGCAUAAGAGCAUCCCCUUCUCACAGAGACCCCAGGCAGAGGACGGACCUGGAGUGGCGGCAGGGCAGGCUGACCAGAGACAUUCUCCAAGACGAAGACGUCACGACAAAGAUUGAGAGCGACUGGAAGAGACUGAACUCGCUGGCGCACUACCAGGUGUCGGAUGGUUCGUUGGUGGCGCUGGUUCAGAAGCAGAGUCUCCUGCGCACCUCCAGCAGUCCGGAUAGCCCUGCGUUCGCGAGCCCCCAUGAUCACCCUGGACCAGGAGAGCAGUACCAAGCUGUGGCACCUCGUCAAGAACCACGAGCACUCGGACCACCGGGAGGGGGACCGGGGCAGCAAGAUGGUGUCCAAGAUCUACCUCACCCGCCUGCUCGCCACCAAGGGCACGCUGCAGAAGUUUGUGGACGACCUGUUUGAGACGGUAUUCAGCACAGCACACAGAGGAAGCGCCCUCCCGCUCGCCAUCAAGUACAUGUUUGAUUUCCUGGACGAGCAGGCAGACCGGAGACAGAUUAGUGACCCCGAUGUGCGACACACCUGGAAAAGCAUCUGCCUCCCUUUGCGGUUCUGGGUGAAUGUCAUUAAGAACCCGCAAUUUGUGUUUGACAUUCACAAGAGCAGUAUCACGGACGCCUGCCUCUCUGUCGUGGUUCAGACCUUCAUGGAUUCCUGCUCCACCUCUGAGCACCGCCUGGGCAAGGACUCCCCUUCCAACAAGCUGCUCUAUGCCAAAGACAUCCCCAACUACAAGAACUGUGUGGAGAGAUACUACAGAGAUAUCGCUAAAAUGCCAGCAAUCAGUGACCAGGAUAUGGACGCUUACCUGGUUGAGCAAUCCCGUCUCCUUGCCAACGAGUUCAACACUCUGAGCGCGCUCAGUGAGCUCUAUUUCUAUAUCAACAAAUACAAAGAGGAGAUCCUGACCUCGCUGGACCGCGACGUUUACUGUCGGAAACACAAACUGAGACAGAAGCUGGAGCAAGCCAUUAACCUGAUGUCCGGCAGCAGUUGAGGUUAGGAGCAGUCACAGUGAGACUGACCUACAGCAAAGUGCCAUACAACACGACUUGAGAGGAGACUGGAGACCGAGAGAGAGAGAGGAGGUCUGGGCUGUAGAGAAGAUCAUGUGGGCCCAACUUGGGUUUCUCACCUUGGUUCUGAAAACAAAGGACUGUUUCAUACAGGCGGACCUCUUUGGGAAUGAAGCAGACUUUUGGGGAGGUUGGACGGACACUAGCAUUGAUGGACCGCGGUUGUUUCUAAGAGGAGAAAUGUGUCCAUGUUUGAUGCCGUCUCCAGGCUAUUUGUUUUGGGGAAACGUGCAAGGGAAUUACAUAUAUAUAUAAAAAAAAAGCAAAGCAGUCAUUCAGUUGAAAUUAAAUUGUCGUUUUUGUGGUGAAUAUAUAUAAUCGAUGGAUGAUCAAUAGGGUUUGUAGUGGUACCAGAAAUUCGCUAUAAAGUUGCACUAUACCUAGUUUUAUAUAUUGAAUUUAACAAAUAUUUGUAAAAAAAAUCAAAUAAAAAUCUCAACCAAGAUUCAAUGUCAAAUACCCGGCCAGCAGAAAACAUAAAUUGAAACAA